AUGUCUCCCGACCAACCCUCCGUCCAGCCCUCCGUCGCCCUCGGCGACAUCCUAGGCUCCAACCGCGGCCUAACAUCGUUCUCAUCCUUCGCGCGCAUGCAGCCCUCCACCGAUACACGACUCAGCGAUCUAUCAACGAAUACCACUGUUCUUGCGCCGCUGAACUCAGCUGUUGAUGCGCUCCCGCGCAAACCGUGGGAACAACCCGCUGAUUAUAACACUUUUGGCGCUGAUGCGUAUGAGGGUGAUGGGGGGCAAGAUAGGGCGAGGGAGAAUAUGAGACGGUUUGUGGAGGCGCAUCUUGUGCCUGUCAGCCCGUGGGAGAAGGGGGAGAAGAGUAAGACGCUGGGGGGGAAGGAGGUUUGGUGGGAGGUUAAGGAGGGACGGAGGGUUAUUAUGCCUGAUGAGGUUGAGGUUGAGAAGGUUGCUAGUCAGGUUGGGAAUGGAGAACUGUGGAUUCUGAAAGGAGUUUUGAACUACGCCUAG